AAAGUGGGUUUUAUUCUGACUAGGAGCACAAUAAUUUGUUGGGGGUAGUUGGAACAGCCGACACUGCCCCCGCCCAACUAGGACGCGAAUCUCUAGUCUACCUCCACAGAGAGCACUAGACUUGCUUCGCACUAGUCGCUCGUGUAGUUCCCUUUGGAGUAAUCUAUUUAUAGAGAUAGGGUAAAUGCAAGCGAAUGUGGAAUUAUAUUGCACAUUCGUUCGAGAAGUAGCCCUACAUGUCGAUGUAAUUCAUGGGAUGUUUCUAAGAGUGCAAUUUAUACAGUGAAUGCUAUUUUGACCUUUUAGGGAGAAGGAAUCGCAUCUCACUCGGGGACCUGCUUGCGCUAAUGUAAAGCGGUGCGAGACCGACGGCUCCAAAGCAGUGACGAAAACCUCCACCUCCCUUUGAAACCACGAGCCGUUGCCAGGUACAUAUGGGCCACAGGGAGGAACCAGCAUCACGGUCAGCCAUGGAAGGGGACUGCCUCAGCUGCAUGAAGUACCUCAUGUUCAUUUUCAACUUCUUCAUCUUUCUGGGUGGGUCCUUCCUGCUGGGAGUGGGUCUGUGGGUGCUGCUGGACCCCAUGGGCUUUAGGGAGAUUGUGGCAGCCAACCCCCUGCUGUUCACGGGGGUCUACAUCAUCCUGGCCCUGGGGGGCCUGCUCUUCCUGCUUGGCUUCCUGGGCUGCUGCGGGGCCAUCCGGGAGAACAAAUGUCUGCUGCUCUUUUUCUUCAUGCUCAUCCUUUUCAUCUUUCUGACUGAGCUAGCAGCGGCAAUUUUGGCCUUCCUCUUCCGAGAGCAUUUGACCAGAGAGUACUUCACCAGGGAGCUGAAGCGUCACUAUCAAGGCCACAACAACACAGAUGUGUUCACUUCCACGUGGAACGCCAUCAUGACCACGUUUGACUGCUGUGGCGUAAGCAGCCCAGAAGACUUUGAGGAGAGUCUCUUCAGGCUCAUCAGCCCCAGGAAGGCGGUGCCCGAGGCCUGUUGUCAGAGGAACCGUUUCCUUGGAGACGUGGAGCACGUGAGCCUGGAGCAGUGCUUGAGCGGCACCAUGGCCUUCCGACACAACAAGGGUUGUUACUCAGCCGUGGUGGACUACUUUGAGACUUACAUCUACAUGGCGGGUGCCCUGGCCAUUGUGGUGCUGACUAUUGAACUAUUUGCCAUGGUGUUCGCCAUGUGUCUGUUCCGAGGAAUCGAGUAACCAGUUCGUGCUGGACAACCACCAGGAGCAGCAUCAAAGCACACCAGAACAGCACAAUGGGCAGAAUGCAGGACAUAAACAUGUACAAAGAAAUACAAGCAGAUGAAGUGUAUUUAAACACUGUUCAUUUUAUUAUGAUGGUCUUGCACUGUAGUUAGCCCCAUGUGGAUCUGAACUUCACAGCUGAGGUACUGCUUCAAAAGCACAAUUGAAAAAAUUAAACAUAAUUACUGAACCAGUUAUGUUCAGUAUGAUGAUAAUUUUUUUCUUGUUCAGGACGGUCAACCCAAUGAAAUGGUCUAAGCAUCCGCAAUAAAGCCACCACAAUGUUCAACUUC